GCCAGCUACUAGUUUGGUAAACUUGCGAAAAUGAACAGCUAAUUGUCAUGUCUUAUUAAAUACGUAAAUUUAUUGAAGUUGGUGGCUUUUGUUUUUGAUACGUACAACAUAAAUUACUACUGAAAAACCCAAGGAACUGUUCGACCUGGUUUGCAACAGAUUUGCGUCAGAAAUGCCUGAAUGCAAUUACGACGCAGCGAGUUUGCCGGACCUUCUUCCCCUGUACUACCGACGACUUUUCCCCUUUGCACAGUACUAUCGCUGGUUGAAUUACGGCGGAGUGACCAAAAACUACUUCCAGAAUCGCGAGUUCUCCUUUACGCUGAAGGAUGACAUUUACGUCCGUUACCAGUCCUUCAGCAACCAGAGCGAACUGGAGAAGGAGAUGCAGAAGAUGAAUCCAUACAAGAUCGACAUCGGUGCUGUCUACAGCCACAGGCCGAAUCAGCACAACACCGUGAAGUCUGGAACUUUCCAGGCCCUGGAAAAAGAGUUGGUCUUUGACAUUGACAUGACUGACUAUGAUGAUGUCAGAAGCUGUUGCAGUUCAGCAGACAUCUGCUCCAAAUGCUGGACUCUGAUGACCAUCGCCAUACGCAUCUUGGACAGGGCGCUUCGGGAGGACUUUGGUUUCCGGCACUGUCUGUGGGUGUAUUCAGGCAGGAGGGGGGUGCAUUGCUGGGUCUGUGAUGACUCUGCCAGGAAGCUCUCCGUAGCUGCCCGCUCGGCCAUCUGCGAGUACCUCAGUCUCGUCAAGGGCGGGGAGGAGACACUGAAGAAAGUGCAGCUGUCAGACCCCAUCCACCCCUUUGUCAAAGAGUCGCUGGCAGUGGUGGAGCACUACUUUUCUCAGUACGCCUUGGUGGGGCAGGACAUCCUGGGCAGCAAGGAGUCUGCAGACAAAAUCCUGGCGCUCGUGCCUGAUGAGGUCAGAAAGGACUUGGCUGCAUUUUUCCAGACUGAAAGGAGCCCAACAAAGCGCUGGGACAGGCUGCAGUCCUUGGUGCAAAAAAGGUCAUCGAAGAAAGCUGCUCACGCAGAGAAGGAGAUCAUGCUGCAGUACUGCUAUCCUCGGCUUGAUGUGAACGUCAGCAAAGGGGUGAACCAUCUUCUGAAGAGCCCCUUUAGUGUGCACCCCAAAACCGGGAGAAUCUCAGUGCCCAUUGAUCUGAGAGAUGUGGACAAAUUUAAUCCCUUUGAUGUUCCCACAAUUAGCCUGAUCAGUGAAGAGCUGAACCAGCCCAGAACAGGGGAGGAGCGGGAGGAGGGGAAAGAUGGCGAGAAGGAGGUGGGGGAGAAACGCAAAAUUCGAGACUACAAAAGGACAAGCCUUGCAAAGUACAUAAAGGUGUUUGACAAUUUUCUGGAUGGAAUGGAACGUUCCAGAAAGGGGGAGUUAUUGCGGAAGAGUGAUCUCCAGAAAGACCUUUAAGAUUCCGGAGGAUUGCCCUGCAGUGGAGGAGAGAGCAGAGAUAUAUCUGCACCUUGGACAAACAUUCAACUGCCCAGCAGCCAUAUAAACAAAACUAAAGAUAAACACUGGUACAUAAAUGCAUCACUGCAGCAAAUGUGAGGGCAGUGAGUGCAUUCCUGCAUGUUAUGCAGGGCUGUGUGGUGAACAAGCAAGAGAAGCGUAAUUAUUACAUAUCAGGGCAGUCACCUUUGUGUUUGUUUAAAUAUUCAAUGUACAGUCUACACAGCUUGCCGUGCUCCCACCCUGGUUUUUGUGAUUUAAAAUAAAAAUUUGUUUGGAUCGCC